AUGACCACAGACGCCUUUCAAGAGGAUACCAACCCGGAAUCAACACCCGCGUCUCCAACUCCAGACGAUAUCAUUGCAGCAUUUCUCGCAAGGCAAGACGACAUAGUCAUGUACGGGCAGUGUCAGGAAGACUACCCCGUGCCCGAGCAUAGUUUCUCAAGUCCCUCUCUGGAUGAAAGUCCCCAUGGCCAGCUGGAGUACCUCUUCACCCCCAGCAACACAUUCGCCAAUGCCCUCCUGAGUCCGCCUUCAAUGUCUUUGACAGGGUUCCAACGAGACUUCCAGCUCCCAUCUCCUCCGCAAUCCCGUUCCGCGAGUCCAUCAGGGAGCAAAGUGACUGCGCCUCGUCAUCGCCGCACAUCCUCCUACCCAAGAAAGACAGGCAGAAACGGCGGAACUCAUGUAAGGAGACACACCACAUUGAGUACGAGUUCAAAGGGGCACAUGGCGCAUACUCCCAUGGUCCCACGCAAAGCGGAGGAUUGGGAGCCUUGGAAAAACGUCAUCCACCAACUGUACAUUGUGCAAAACCACAUCCUCAAGGAUAUCAUUGUCAUCAUGGAAAAUACCUACCAUUUCAAAGCAACACCAAAGAUGUACAAAAACCAGUUUGCCAGAUGGAACUUCUUCAAGUAUGCCAUCAAACGACGAUCACGCUCGGGAACAGACACGUGCUCUGGCUCGGAUGCUUCUGAAAGCACAGAGCAACCUUGGAUGAUCGAUCAAAACCACAAGCCUGAAGACAGGCAAGCCGACACUCCUAUCUUUCGCAACGAUUGUGAUGGUCCCCUUGACGCAUACCCGUCUCACUACCUUGAUGAUAGUCCCUCUGAGCCACCUUAUUGCUUUCCGUCUUCACAGGAGGAGCUGGUCCCGUUCUGUCUUGAUUCACAGAUCUCCUCGUUCGCCCAACACAUCAUCAUGAACGACCUCGAAGGCAAGGACUUGGCAACGAGAUGGAGCAGGGGUGAUUUUGGUCCUGACUUUGCUCAGCGCUUACAGGGUCUAUACCACAAGGCCACGGCCAUGUCAGACUCGGGUCAAUCCUCGGAAAAGGUUUCAAAAGCAAUCCAACGUGUCUACUGUGGAUGGAUGAGCGACUACUACGAGUCUACACAACAGUGGUCGGAAGUGUUCGAGUGGAAGAAGAAGGGAUUGUCCAUGACGUCGAACCAGCAGUAUGUGGCCUGCUCGAUGCGUCUGGAGGAGAUGAUGCGCGAUCAUGGGUCACCGGAAGAGGCAGAAGAUUUGAGAAGGGCAAGGAUGGAUAUCGGGUGGUUGCUGAGCGGCGUGUUGCCGAGUUUGUUUGAGUGUCUUUCUGCGAGAUGA